AACACAUCACACAUAGUUUUUCCCAUGCCCUGCUGAAGUUUAUUUACCUUCAUUGAAAUCACAUACUGAGAUUUAUAGAGAUAUUGAGAGGAAUAGAAAGCGAGGUACAGACUCACUGAUCUCUCAUCAAGGAUUUUCACUGACUGGAAGUAAAAAGUCCUCUUUUCAGAGAUGCAGAUGAACUUUAUCCUGCUUUGUGUCUCACUGUGUGUCCUGUCUGCUCAGCUCUCAAAGACCCACAGCAUGGCUGUAACGGGUCCAGAGAAAAGAGGAUGGACACUGAAUAGUGCCGGAUACCUACUGGGACCGUAUGCUCAGAGGACUCUCACUGUGAGGCAUGGAGGUGGGGUGGGGAAGCGGAACAGGUGGCAAGAGAGCUCAAACCAGCCAACACAUCAGCCUUCAUACAGAUCUGUUACAGAUGAAUCAUAUCUCCAUUCACUCAUGGACCUCCUCAUAUACCUACGCAUGAAAGAGAAUGGAGUGACUGAGGAACUGAACAGCUCUGUACUCAAUGACGACAUGAAACGAUAGAGGGAACAGCCACCACUUCUCACAUCACAUCAUGUUUUUGACUCCUUCUUUGAAUUAUUAUGCAGGAUUAUGUGUAUUUUUCAAUAGCUCAUAAAAUGCGCAAAAGGAUUUUGAAUUCUACUAAGCGUUCAGAGUUUGUGACAUCACCACAUCAUGUGAAUUUUUUUCAAAGCAGUUUGUACACGCAUUUGAAGCUUUUUGUUGCAAAGUUGUUUUCCCCUACGCUUGCAAAUAAAGCUCCCGAUAGAGAUA